AUUAAAAAAAAAAACUCAUUAGAUUUCUCAAAUCCCCAAUUUCUGUGCUCUCUUUCUUCACUGCAAGUGAAAAAGGUGCUCCUCACGAUUCAUAGUUCUCUGAAUCUUUCAAACGUGAAUGACCCUUUUCAUUUUUUGCCAUUCUCUUGCAGUUUCUGUGGUCAAAAUCGUGUCUUUUUCUCUUUUGCUGCUAACUGGAUCGGGUUCCUAGGGUAGGCUUAAAAGGGGUUUGUGUUGAUCUGUUCCAAGAUGGGGAAUUUGCUUUGAAAAAUCGAUUUUGUCAACGAGAGAAAGCUUGGAGAUGAACCAGUUAGUUGAAAGCUCUGCGAAUGGUCAAAGGGUCACUAGAGUUCAAGCUCCACUGGUGGACUCUGUUUCAUGCUACUGUAAAGUAGAUUCAGGCCUGAAAACAGUUGCUGGGGCAAGGAAAUUUGUUCCAGGAUCAAAGAUAUGUAUCCAACCUGACAUAAACCCGAAUGCACAUAGGAACAAAAACUUGCGUAGAGAGAAGACAAAAGUUCAGCCUCCUCUGUUACCUGGUCUUCCUGAUGAUCUUGCUAUUGCUUGUUUGAUUCGUGUACCCAGGGUUGAGCACAGGAAACUGCGUUUGGUUUGCAAGAGAUGGUACCGCCUCCUGUCUGGAAAUUUCUUCUAUUCGCUCAGGAAAAGUCUUGGAAUGGCAGAAGAAUGGGUUUAUGUCAUCAAAAGAGACCGUGAGGGAAGAAUUUCAUUGCAUGCUUUUGAUCCCAUUUACCAACUAUGGCAAUCCCUUCCGCCUGUUCCUGGGGAAUAUUCUGAAGCAUUGGGAUUUGGCUGUGCCGUUCUUAGUGGUUGUCACUUGUACUUGUUUGGCGGAAGAGAUCCACUGAAGGGGUCUAUGAGACGAGUCAUUUUCUACAAUGCCCGUACAAAUAAAUGGCACAGAGCACCAGAUAUGCUGCGGAAACGACAUCUGUUUGGCUCUUGUGUUAUAAAUAACUGUCUCUAUGUUGCUGGUGGGGAAUGUAAAGGAAUUCAAAGAACUCUUCGAUCUGCUGAAAUUUAUGACCCCAACCGGAACAGGUGGAGCUUUAUCUCAGAGAUGAGCACUGCCAUGGUUCCUUUUAUUGGUGUUGUUCAUAAUGAAACAUGGUUUUUGAAGGGACUUGGGACGAAUCGCAAUGUCAUCUGUGAAUCCUAUGCACAUGAAACUGAUACCUGGACCCCUGUAAGCAAUGGAAUGGUCAAUGGAUGGCGUAAUCCAAGUAUCUCGCUGAACGGACAGCUCUACGCCCUCGAUUGCCAGGAUGGUUGCAAGCUCAAAGUAUAUGAUGGAGCAACAGAUUCAUGGAAAAGGUUUAUUGAUAGCAAGCUUCAUUUAGGUAGUUCUCGGGCUCUCGAUGCUGCUGCUCUUGUUCCCCUUAAUGGAAAGCUAUGCAUUAUCCGCAACAAUAUGAGCAUCAGUCUAGUUGAUGUCUCGAGUCCGAACAAACGCGUGGAAAGCAAUCCUCACCUUUGGGAAAAUAUUGCUGGAAAAGGACCUGUCAGGUCUCUGGUUAGAAAUUUAUGGUCAACUAUAGCAGGGAGAGGUGGUUUGAAGAGUCACAUUGUUCACUGUCAGGUUCUUCAAGCCUGAUAUCAAAAAGAAGUUCUCUGAUAAUCUUGGUUAUACAGUUAGGGAAGUUGUUGGAUUUUUUGGGGAAUCAGUUGAAACAGGUUUAUAAAGAUGAAGUUUAUUGUUGAUUUUGGCAAUAGAAUGAGGUCAUUCCUUCACAAUUAUGAAUAGGGAACAAAUAUUGUAAAUGUUGGUUAUCUCUAGAGCUGUGCCUUUUCCUUCAGUUACAAUAUGUUAGGAAUUAGGAUUUUAUGUCAUGCAUUGCGGUUGUAUAUGAUUUAUUAGACAACAACAUGUUACUGUUGGCAUCUCUGGUGAAGUUGAUUUAUUUCUGUUA